AUGGGGUCAGUGACAUUGGGUGUUAUUCCUUGCCCUCCUUUCAGGUUGCAAAACGCGCUUACAGUGACUUAUCAGGAUUUGAAUGACAGCAGUGGCACGUCAAAACAACGAGACAGUGUGUUUCGUCUCUUUCUUCGUGUGGAGCCACUUCAGUGGGGUCUGACUGAGCAGCUGCUGGAAAAAAUGGUGGAAGUAGCUGUUACUGACGAGUCGCCAGCCAACACCUUCCACGUCCAGGUGCUCAACCAGUUCAAAUGGCUGGAUGGCCUGGCGGGCACCAAGGCAUUCAUGGACAAAGUGUUUGAUGAGGUCCUCCCUGUGAUUCCGCUGCAUGUGCGCAAAGAUGUUGUGCUCGCUCUGCCGCACAUACUGGAGGACUCAGAACACCUGGCUGCAGCUCGAAAACUUGGUGAGCUGUUUACUGAUGACAAAGAGCUUGGCCCUACUGUACUUGAGGCCCUCAGUAACCUGUACGUGGAACCAGAAGUGAUUUCUGAGGUGCGAACUCGUGUGUUGACCGUGCUGAAGUCAUUAAAGCUCAGUCAGCUGCCCCCAACCGUUAAGUUUGUGCUUUCCAAUUGCACUGUCCAGGAAGCUUCACAGGUGGUUUCUGAGCUGCGGGCCAACCUUGAACUUCGUCACAUUCUACCAGUGACGUCUACGCCAACAUAUUUCAGUACCGAGGAAGACGAGGAGCUCCAGACACUCACUGAAAUUUCAAAUGCUGUGCAGCUCCGCAGGUUUCUUCGUGAUGCUUGGAUGAAGAUUAUUGAGGAUGUCAAGGUUGCUGCAGAACACAAGACUCUUGACAUCUUGUUCCUUGUCAUGCUGCACAAGUUCUUACCAAAACCUGAAGCCAAGUCUGUGGAAAGUCUGCUUCGCAAGAAAGUGCGCAGUGGCCAUUUCACGGGGAGCCUCCUUGACCGAACUUUUGACUCGCACCCUCAGGUGAUGAAAGUGUACAGCCGUACGAUGAUGCACCUGGCUCAGGUGCUUCUCUGGUGUCCGGAACCACAGGUGCUGAAGUUUGGAGAGCGCAUGUACCAGCGCAUGUUCGUCUGCUAUGAAGGCACCACCAGAGAGGAAGUGGUGCUGAAUCUCGUCACCCAUUUUGGCAGCGGUGUCACGUCGCAGAUGGAUGCUGCUUUUGAUUGUGCCUUGGAUCUUGUUCGUCAGCACACAAUUCUCAUGGCCCCUUAUGGUGGCUUCUUCAAGAGCACCCUGGACAUACUGAGAAACCUCUCACUGUGCCAGAUCCGCACACUUUUUCUCAUCAUUGCACUCAUUGCCUAUCGCGGAGGCCGACAGGGGGAAACGUAUCAGGAUGAGUUACACAUGGUAAUACGCAAGAUGGUGACAAAAUCUUGCCCUAGAUCCAAGAGGAUUGGUGUUGUUGCAGCACUGAUGACGGUCAAAGCCAUGGCCUCAACCAAGGGAACCAGGACAAAUGAAUCACUACAGUUGUCCGCGUCUACUUCAUCAAGCCAUGCCACUCCUGCGGAACUGGUUCGGUCUGCAGUCGAACUCCUUGAGCUUGUGAGAGCAUCAACUGCCUGCUGGCCUCAGGCAAUGUCUCUCUUUUAUGAUGAGCUCAGCCGGAUCGUUGUUCGUGGAGAGCUGGGCCAGAGCAUUGAGACCUGGAUUAGUGACACCAUUAUCACAGACUUUCAGGAUGAUUAUAUUGUUGAUGUGACACCAGGAGAACUGGAGCAAACCGAACCAGUGCAGCAUGAGCUGUGCUACGGCCUGGAUCACCUACCUGAUGGUGCAAUUGCACUCAAUUUGCUUCCCUUGCUUCUUGCUGAGAAGGCACAGCAGCAGCAGCUGAAGCCCAAAAGCAAACACCGUUCUCUGCUCACUCUGUGCUCCUUGUUUCGUCUGCUGCGCAUUGCGGAGCAGACGACCAGUGGUGAGGCACUAGAAGGCAUAGAUGCCCUGCUUGGAUGUCCAGUGAAGAUGCCAGCUACCGAUGUGUGCAGUUCGUUCCACACACUUUCUAUCGAUCAGCGUGAGACUGUCAUCACUUCAGUCUUCUACUGUGUCAACUGGUUUCGAGAACUUGUAAAUGGUUUCUGUGCUCUGCGUGAUGAGCAGACAAGAGCAAAGAUGGCGGACCGGAUUCGCCGAAUCGUUGAGCUGCAGAAGUACCUUGAGAAGUGGCUGCAAGGUGUGCCCGGCUACCUUCCUCCGUUGGCAGUGUUUGACAUCGAUGAUGCAGAUACCAAGCCUCCAGUUGUCAGCAACCCAGCAGGGAAGAAAAAGCGCAAAGGAAAAGCAACUGGAAAGGGCAAAAAGAGAAAGCUUUCCUCUGAUGAUGAAGACUCCGGCGAUGAGGCUGGGCCGUCUGCCAGAUCUGCUUCGCCUCCAGAUCGAGAAGAAGAUGGUGCUGAGAGUGGUAACGAGGAUGAAGAGGCAGAUGAGCCAGAAGUGACUGCACUAGGCUCGCUCUCUGCAUCAUGGCGACCCUUCCUGCGGGAACUUGACUUUGAUGUCUUCGACGUUCUCAGCGUUGGGCUGGUCACUGGUGGCAGUGAGCCAUCAUCUUCAAAGCUCACCACAACUGAGCUUCUGUUUGUGCUUGGAGAGCUGGCUGCUAAGCUGGACUGGGCUCUUCCCUCCAGUGGACCAAAGCGUGCAUUUCCAUUCAAGGCCAAGGUGCCGCGUGAUGUUGGCUUCUCCAACUUGGCUCUCAGUCCCAAGCCCGACGUGGUCAAGUUCAUGGUCACCGUGGUGCCCCACCUGUGUUCCCUCUUGGAGGAUGUCAGUGGGUACUUUCAGGACUUGAUAUCCCAAAAUGACGGCAUUGUUGAUGCAGCAUCCAUGUUUACAAGCGCAGCUAAGGAGACAGCAUCUUGCAUGACUCUGUUAUUUACCUGCUUGAAUGCUUUCUUUUCAUGGAAUGGUUUUGAGACAAGCGACAGUCGAGACCAGCUGUGUGAAGCAUUCCGUUCCAUAUCUGACCGCAUUGGAACAACACAGUUGACACAGGCCUAUGUCAUGGCGCUGGGAAAGCGAGCCUUCUCAUACUUUGCCAAGUUUGCCGAGUCCGUGACAGACCCAGCAGGAGCAACUGCUCUCCUGCGACUUCUGGGCACAGUUGCUGACCGUGCUCAGAUGUACUCACUGGAACAGCGUGGCAUUCGUGAUGUCGCCGAGGGCUUCCUUCGGCGCAACUGGCUCUGUCGUGUCGGCUCAUCAAAUGUGCCACAAAGGCCGCAGGGUGCCCAUUUCAACGAGUGCCUUCAGGUUAUGCUUAGCACAUUCCUGUCGGAGUCUGAGUGUGUACUUCAGAGCCUACAUCAACUUGUGACUGACUGCCUGCCCAGUAUUCUGGACGAAUCACCGCCAGCUGAGCAGGAGGAAGAGCAGUCAAAGCAGUUUCCAACACUCGACAAGUCUACUCUCAAUGUCUACUACAAGACAAUGUUCUCCAACCUGGCUGAUGGUGUCCAAAGCCUCUCUGUAAAAUUGGCCACGAACCAAGAGGAAAAGGUAAAGCAGCUUGAGAAGUGGACCCUAGCUGUCGAGAUCUUUCACAAGCUAGUGGAGGUCAUAAAGAAAUUAUCAGUGCGAAAGAACAUGGCUGUUUGUUUGAAGUUUGGACGCCAGUUCUUGGAUUCCUUCUUGCGGAAUGGCAUGCCUUUGCUUGACUCGCUCUUCAAGUCCCAUCCCGCUGAAGUUCAGGCUCUUCUCAAGAACCUCCAGCAGAGCACUCGGUACCUCCAGCACAUCUGUAGCCACUCGAAGCUAGUGAAAGAUGUGGCACUGACAGGGCAAGUGCCCGCAGUGCGCAAGACGCUGGAGGGCUUCGUCUUUCGUGUCAAGGCCAUGUUGACAGUGAACCACUGUCGGGAAGCCUUCUGGGUGGGGAACCUCAAGAACCGGGACCUGAAGGGUGAGGAGAUUUUGACACAAUCAGUACGUGAGGACGCAGAUGAAGAAAUGGCACCUGCAGAUGAUGCCGAAGAUGGCAACGAUUCGGAUGCCUCCCACAACAGCGAAGAAAAUGCAGCCGAAGCACCUAUGGAACCAGAAGUCAGUGAAGAAUUUUAAUAAGCUGUGCCUGUGAUAAAUUGACCAGCUUGCUUUUUUAUGUUUGUUUUGCCUACAAGUUAUUGUAACAUAUCUUUGUUUAUGGGGGGGGGGGAGGGCUCCAUUGUGCUGGUAAGUGAUGUUUCUCAGUUUAAGUUUUGACAAAGCUGCUUGAAACUCAGUGUGGCUAUUUUUAUUGUACAUUGAUAAAAGAAUUGGACCAUUUUGUAAUAAAAUUUCUUAAUACACCCA